AUGCAUAUUCCGACGCUCAUUGAUAUGUUUCAAGGAUUCGAUAUCUCUGUGGAAUCUGCGUAUUUCAAUAAAAAAGGAGAAAUUAAUGCGAAUUUGAGAGUGGAUGGAAUUGUUCCAGGAACUCCUAAUAGCCCAACUGGAUAUCAAAUCAGUGCUCUUGGAUUCCAAAAACCAGAAGGAAAAUCCGGAUUGUUGUUCUCGAUGUGCUACAUUGGAUUGUUUUGGUGUGCAAUUGAAAUAGUGGCCACUUGGGCAAUUGGGUAUUGA